AUGCUGCGGGCCUGCCACCGCCAUCCCGCUGCCGCCGGCGCUGGUCUUCGGCCGCCCCUCGCCAUGCUGGGAGAGAGCCCGACCGCCGCCCGGCCGCUCCUGCGGGCGGGACCCCCGCUGGCGCUGUGCUACACCUCGGCCCUCCUGGUUCUCGCCCUCUCCGCCCUGCCCGCCGGCCGCGCCUCCCAUCCCCUGCCCGGCUCCGAGUGCCAGGGCGGCGGCAAGGGGAAAGGCAUCAACUGCUCAGAGUUAAAUGUAAGGGAAUCCGACAUAAGAGUGUGUGAUGAAUCAUCCUGUAAAUAUGGAGGAGUGUGCAAGGAAGAGGGCGAUGGUGUGAAAUGUGCGUGUCAGUUCCAGUGUCACACAAACUAUAUUCCAGUUUGUGGAUCAAAUGGAGACACUUACCAAAAUGAAUGCUUCCUCAGGAGAGCUGCUUGCAAGCAUCAGAAAGAGAUAACAGUGGUAUCAAGAGGACCCUGUUAUUCUGAUAAUGGCUCUGGGUCAGGAGAAGGAGAGUAUGAAGGAUCUGGGACAGAAGUUCAGAGAAAACACUCAAAAUGUGGAGUUUGCAAAUAUAGGGCUGAGUGUGAUGAAGAUGCAGAAAAUGUUGGGUGUGUAUGUAAUAUAGACUGCAGUGGAUACAGUUUUAAUCCUGUAUGUGCUUCUGAUGGAAGUUCCUAUAACAAUCCAUGCUUUGUUAGAGAAGCGUCAUGUCUGAGGCAAGAGCAGAUUGACAUCAGGCAUCUCGGACACUGCUCAGAAACAGAUGACACAAAUGCAGUUGGAAAGAAAGAUGAUGGCAUGCAGUAUCGGCCAGAAGUGAAAGAUGCCAGUGAUCAAAGAGAAGACAUUUACAUUGGAAAUCAUAUACCUUGUUCAGAAAGCUUCAAUGGUUACUGUAUACAUGGAAAAUGUGAAUUCAUUUAUUCCACUCAGAAGGCUUCCUGCCGGUGUGAAUCAGGAUAUACUGGACAGCACUGUGAAAAGACAGACUUUAGUAUUCUUUAUGUUGUCCCAAGUAGACAAAAGCUUACGCAUGUUCUUAUUGCAGCAAUAAUUGGAGCUGUACAGAUUGCCAUUAUAGUUGCAAUUGUCAUGUGCAUAACAAGAAAAUGCCCCAAAAACAAUAGAGGACGUCGGCAGAAGCAAAACCUAGGCCAUUUUACUUCAGAUACAUCAUCCAGAAUGGUUUAACUUAGUGCUUUUUAUACCUACAUUGACCAUGUGAUGUACAUUUUUAUUAUAUCUUUUUUUAAAGAAUGGAAAUAUUUAUUUCAGAGGCCUUAUUUUUGAACAUUUUUAGUGUAACAAUGUUGGUCUGUAUUCUGAAAGCAUCAGCUCUAACAGCUAUGGACUGGUUUAGUAUCUUUACUUUUAUGUUUUUGAAUACAGUAGUUCAUUUUCUGUAUCUGUGUCACAUGGUUAUAUAAUAGACUUGUGCUUUAUCCAUGGAAUGUAAUAUUUUUGGGAACACAGAUUUAUUCCAACAAUGGUUGUAGACUUAAAAAACCCCAACAAACCAACAAAAAAAGUCCACAUUACCUAACAAACAAGGCAUGAACUAAAGGUAAAAAUGUUUACAGCUUACUUUUCUUAUGAGGAACUAGAAAACACUGUGUUUAAAUACCGUAGAUAUUUAAAUGUUUUUGGAAGUUAGUAACUGAUUUUUUAGACACUGCCUAUCGCAUGAACUGUGAAGCUGUGUGCUGUGUGUAGUUGUAACAUAUUUAUAAAAUGUGUGGGCUGGGUCUAAGCACUGCCAUCUUCAUAAAUAAUUCCAACAAUUUAUUUUUAAAGAGGAAAAUUAUAAAUUUCAUAAUUUGGGAAGUUACCUGGUAGAACAGAUGGCGCAGGUCCAAAAGAAGUAGGUCUUAGUAGAUUUAGGUACUGUAAAAAUUGGUGUUGAAUAAUUGAACAAAAACAAUUGGAAUAAAGCCUACUUUAUCACUGUUAAAAACUGUUUUAAUACUUCUUAAACUUUUUUAAAGAAAAUACAUGUUUUAACACCUACAAUACGGAUUGUAUAGUGUUUGUGAUUAAAAUUAAAAAAUAAAAGUGAAUGAAUUACUAGUGCUCUUGUAUAGAGUAUUUUCAAGAGCUAAAGAAGUCCAUCCAAAUUAGUCUGCUGGUCAUAGUUAUAUUAAUAGACUGUUAGUUGUCGUUUGAAAGAUCCCAAGAUAAAGUGUGAAUAGGAUGUGUUCAACUGUUUUAACAUGUAGUUUAGGCUUUCAGAAUUUUGCAUGUAGGAUUUAAUAAUUUGUUCAAUAAAAAAAAUGCUUUCAACAUUUUGAACUGGAAAAGCAUGUCACAAUACAACAUUUUCACUAUA